AUGAUUCCUUUGAUUCUAGUUCAAUCGGUUGUUUCUGAUUGCGAAUGCUCGGCUACAGGUUAUUGGUCAGCUUGGGCGAAUAAUGGCGACUGUGUGCCUGGUUGGAUUUGGCUUCAAACGGGCACCGCAGAGAGCACAAUCAGACAACAAGUCAACUUCACGUGCGGAUACUUUGGACGUCAGAUCCAAAAACGAGAGUGCCUAUCAGCACAAAGGGGAUGCGAAUGCAGCGGUGAUGCUUCUCGGGUGAUUCCGUGCGGUGAUUCGACUCCAUGCAAUGAUCCACGAUUCGCUACACUGAUUUGUCAAGAUGGAUUUGAGCUAACUGAUGGCCAGUGUGUCCCAUCGUCUCCAUCGACCGAUCCACCCGUUGUCGUCGAUCCAAGUGCAGACGAUCCAUCGUGCACCGUUCAACCAGUAUGUUCCUGUCCGAGUGGAGGUGUUUGGAGUGAUUGGCAGAAUUCAUCCACUUGCCCACUGAUGCCAACUUUUUACCGAAUCAACGAGAGUUUCCCGUUUACACAAGCCACCACAUCUCCUAUUGGAUGCGGCUCGUGUCAAGUUCAACUCCAAGAACGAACAUGCCUCUCAGAACAGCUCGGAUGUCCUUGCAGUGGAGUAGCGUGGCGCUGGCGCAGGUGUAAUCCAUCGAUUUGUCUUUUUCCCUUGCAAACCUGUUGCGACGAUGUUGAUGGAAUCAAAAGGACGCUAGUCAUAGAACAAAAAACAUACUUAUGCCUACCCACUCCAUCAACACUUUGGGAUGACGCAUCGACGUCGCCUAGUCUCUCGACAUUGACAAAUUGUAGUACUACUACUUUGAUGCCUACCACAACAACAACAACAACAACUACAACUACUACAACAACAACUACAACUACAACAACAACUAGCACUACUACAACGACCACAACAACCAAAACGACCACCACAACAACAACUACAACGAAAACUACCACUAAACCGACUAAAACCACAAUUAAAACUACUACUAAGCCUACAACUACGACCCCUAAGACUACGACAAAAACUACGACAACGACAACAAUUCGCCCAACGACAAAGACGACGAAAACUACAACUAGAUUGACAACGAGACCGACAACACUAGCACCGUGCAAAUGCACGAUUCCCAUUUCCGGGCGUCCACCAAAUCCCGUUCCACCACUGCCACAGGGAAUAAGUGGCACAUGUGCACCAACGGUCGCUCAAUUCGGCUGCAUGCUGGUUGGACCUCCGACCGCCGAUUUGGCUACCUAUACCAUCUACGAUGAUCACGGAAAAGCGAUCAAAACGGUUUCCUUUUGCGUUUCUCAAUGGCAGCAGCACAUUCUACAGGGUACAUGUGACACAAGUCCUUCACCGGGAGCUGUGAAUAACUUCAGAAAAUACAAUGGUAUUCGUAUCGCGUACAUCAAUUGCCAAGUCGUCGAAACCCUAAAUUUCUACAUGGAAUCUUUUCUUCUCUGCAAGAUGCCAGAAUGUGGACAAAAAGUCAAGAAACAUGCUCUCAAAUCCCACGCCACCACUCAUCAUCCAACGAAGAGAUUCCGUUGUUCGAUUUGCAAUUAUCGAGAACGACUGAAGAAGAAUGUCGAGAUGCAUCAAGACAAUCGACACAAUGGACAGGGAGAAGUCAUCGAUGAGAAAAAUGAUGAGUAUUUGGAAAUUUUGGAGACAAUUAUGGAGCAAUGUUUCCCAUAUGGAACCACGGAAUCUGAGGAAGAGAGCGAUGUGGAGGAAAGUGAUGAGGAAGAAUCUCUUUCAAAAACUGUCAACAAUAAAGACCUGCUUGUCUUUCUUGAACCAGCUCCAAGCACCGUGAUGCUAAGGCAGAAAAACGCUUUCACUUGUCAGAUGCCAGCUUGUGGGCAAAAGAUCUCACCUGGGAAGAGUAUGUUCGGUUUUCAAGCACAUGCUCUUGUACAUCAUCCAAAUAAAAGAUUUCGAUGUACAGUAUGCGAUUUCGAAGCUCAUCAGAAAGGUGGCAUUCUGCGACACCAAGAAGUAAUGCACGAAGGAGGGGGAUUGAUAGUCGAUGAAAUAGAUGAGACCUACUUUGAGACACUCGAUGAGCUCAUUGCGAAGUGUUUCCCUACAGCACGACAAUUCAAGACGAGAAAAGUCACUGGAAGAGUCACCGAAAACGAUGUAAAAGCGGUGGUUAAGAUGGCGCAAGAUGAUUCUCUUUUGGCAUCGACUUCGACUAGCGAUAAGAAUGCAAAGAUAUCAGAUAGGGAAGUGAAGGAAGGAGAUUUGGCUUGUCAGAUCCCUGGCUGUGAACAGGUGUUGAAAAAAGGGAAAACCGGAAUGAAAUAUCUUCGAGUACAUGCACGAGUUCAUCAUCCGAUCAAGAGAUUUCACUGCUCGAUGUGCAAUCAAGCCUCAAUGACAAAAUUAAACGUCGUUCAUCAUCAAAAGCGAAAACAUAACAAUCUUGGAUCAAUCGUUGACAUUGCGGACAAAAACUACUUUGAUAUUCUCUCAAGUAUCACAAAGAAGUGUUUCCCAGAGUACGUCGGGAGAAACGUCGCCAGAAAGAGAACAAAACGAGAAGAGAUUGAAAAUUCACGCGAAUCAAUCAAGAAAGAUGAUGAAAGCGAGGAUUUUGAAGGGGAAACUUUUGCGUUUGAGGAUUUCGAUGUUUCUAAAAACGAACCGGAUCCCGUCGACAUCGCCGAAGAAGACCACCUUUGUAUGCAAAUUGAUACGAAAGUCAAGGAGGAGAUUUUCAAGGAGGAGGAGAAGGACGAAGACGCGCUGAAUGUCGACUUGUUGUUGGAGCAAUCGGCUGCUAUGCGCUCGGUUUCACAAAUUCAACAAGUUCGGGUCAAGUUGGAGUCGAUCGAUCAGAAAGAGGCGAUCCCCGUGUUGUUGUUGACGCCAAAAGGAGAGCUCCUAAGUCAAGAUGAGCGUCUUCAAGACAGA